AUGCUGGGUCAGCGAGCGAUGCGAGCAGUCGCCGGUGUGGCCACCCCGCGCUUGGCACUGCGAAGCUUCGCGACCACUGCUCAGCAGGGUAACAAGGUGUCGUCCAUGUCCGACGACAGCGCCGCCCCCGACACGGUCGAGUUGUUCAACAAAAGGCAGAGCGAGUUCCGGAAGCAAUUGGUGGAGCAGCAGAAGAAUCGGGAAGCAAACCAGGCCGUGGGCUCACUGAAGAGUACUGCAGAGCAGAAAGCCGAGGUGCAGGACCCCCCGCGCAAGGCGGGUCCCUUGACCAACCUCAUCUACGGCACCAAGGAGGGCCGUGAGCUCGAUGCCCAGCUUGCCGCCAGUUUUAGCCAGGUUCUGGCUCGUGGGAAGUACGUCCACACCAUCACCUUCCACGAGGUCAGGCCCGACAAGGUUGAGGAGUACGUCGACCUUGUGGGUUACUGGUAUCCCAAGAUGGCCUCCUUGCCCGAGAAUAAGGUUCAUCUUGUCGGGAGCUGGAGAACGGAAGUCGGUGACUGCAGCACUUUUGUUCAUAUCUGGGAGUACCAGAGAUACCAGGGCUACCACGAGUCGAUCCACAACAUCGCCAGCCACCCCGAGUCGGCCGAGAUUGACAGGAAGCUGAGGAGCCUCAUCGUGUCCAAGAACAAGUCGCUCAUGCAGGAGUUUUCCUUCUGGCCCACGACGCCGCCACGCAAGCUCGGCGGCAUCUUCGAGCUGCGGUCCUACACUCUGCACCCGGGCAACCUGCUCGAGUGGGAGACGCAUUGGCGGCGCGGCCUCAAGGCCCGGCGCGAGGUCAUGGAGGGCGUCGGCGCCUGGUUCGUCCAGAUCGGCGACCUCAACACCGUCCAUCACCUGUGGCAGUUUGCCAACCUGGAGGAGCGCAAGAUUCGUCGCGAGCAGAGCUGGGAGAUUGAGGGCUGGAGCCAGACGGUCCACAAGACUGUGCCGCUCAUCCAGACCAUGAAGUCUCGCAUUCUCGUGCCUCUGCCCUGGUCGCCCGUGGCGUAAAGAAACAAGCGUCUUUUUUCACCAUUGGUGGAUCGAGUUGUGUGCUCUUAACAACUUGCUUCACUGCAACUUGAGCGUUGGAAACCAAUGGAGGUUGGGGGGAAAAAAAAGGGGGGGUUGGGUUGCACACAUUGCAAAGGGGACUCGGCUACAUCUGAACACAAUGCAAAGCGGCUUGCAUGUUUUAUUGUAUGGCCAGCGUCGAUACCAUGGAUCUUUUUGAGUUUGGACCUUUCUUUUUUUCUUUCCCUUUGUUGAGGCAUGGUUCAUGGUUUUCCGCAUCCACAUGGGGGCAUGGAUUGACGGUUUGUACCGGGCCAUCUAUCUGUAUGUAUAGUCCUGUAACUCCAGCGGCGCAGGGCAGGCUGGAGAGGGUCGAUAGGUAUUGCAUCGCGGAAUUCCAGACAAGAAUCGUCAAAAGGAAUAUUUAUUUGCCCGGAAACUGUAUCCACGGGGAUAUCCAUG